UUCCAUGUGGAAUUAUCAGUUUUUAGGCAACAUGAUGGGACUGCCAUUCAAAAUGAUAGGAGUACUACUUCACCUCCCCAGAAUGGAACUACCAUUCAAAAUGACACCUUACUUCCCCAAAUUAGAUUUGAAGUUUAUACCUUUCGCUGAGAACCUGAAGUCUGAACUGCUAGGUGGCAUAAUUGCUCUUUUUGUCCUUGGCCUUACUUAUCUUUACUAUCGCAUGAAAACCCCCAAAGCGAAGAGCAAAAUCCUAGUCCUUGGAGGAACAGGAUACAUUGGAAAAUUCAUAGUUAAGGCAAGCGCAGAAGCAGGGAACCCCACUUUUGCCUUGGUCAGAGAAAGCACCGUUUCUCACCCUGAAAAGUCUAAGCUUAUUGAGAGCUUCAAGAGCUCCGGAGUUACUAUUCUUUAUGGUGAUCUAAGUGAUCAUGAAAGCCUUGUUAAGGCAAUCAAGCAAGUUGAUGUUGUAAUAUCCACACUAGGUGGACAACAAAUAGAUGAUCAAGUGAAGCUCAUAGCAGCAAUAAAAGAAGCUGGAAACAUCAAGAGGUUCCUCCCGUCUGAAUUUGGGCUUGAUGUGGAGCGUCACAAUGCAGUUGAGCCAGUGACUAGCUUUCUUGAGAAAAAAGUGAAAAUCAGAAGGGCAAUUGAAGCUGAAGGAAUCCCAUAUACUUACAUCUGUUCAAAUGCCUUUGCCGGUUACUUCUUACCUACACUGGGACAACAAAAUGUCACUGCUCCUCCUCGGGAUAAGGUUGUCAUUCUAGGAGAUGGAAACGUCAAAGCUAUUUAUGUGAAGGAGGAAGACAUUGGGACUUAUACCAUCAAAGCAGUGGAUGACCCAAGAACCUUGAACAAAAUUCUGUACGUGAGACCCCCUGCAAAUAUUUUGACCUUCAACGAACUCGUGUCCUUGUGGGAGAACAAGAUUAAGAAUACCCUUGAGAAAGUUUACAUUCCAGAAGAUCAACUUCUUAAGUACAUCCAGGAGUCUCCUUUCCCUGCCAAUUUGAUGUUAGCAUUAGCCCACUCAAUGCAUGUAAAGGGUGAUUGUACAAACUAUGAGAUUGAUCCUUCUCUCGGGGUGGAAGCUUCUAACCUUUAUCCUGAGGUGAAAUACACUACAGUCGACAACUAUUUGAAUGCGUUUGUCUGAAAUCCAGGGAACGUGUUAUUGUCAAUAAACUGCUCCACCCAAGUUGAUCAAUAAAAUCAGAGCAUCUUGUUUAUUGCUCAAGAAUUUGUACUUUGUCUUUGUAUUGUCGUUCGCUACUUCGCUUAGCUGGGUGCUGCUUGAAAGUUCUUUUAAUGUUACAGUUCUAUUACUAUUUGUUUGUGGUGUGAAUGUGAUAUUUGUAAGGUCCUUAUCAAGUUGUUUACGGUUGAAUUUGAAUCAAAUGUUAGACAAAACAAAAUCCAUUUAUCUGGUUUUUAUGUUGUUUUUUUUAA